CACUCGUCGGUGGCCAUGGGCCAUGGCAUUUCCGUUAGUCACAAGGCCUGGUCACACCGCGCUCUUGCAAUCGCAUGUAGGAAAACUGUGAGAGCUUAAGCCAACCAAAAUUUUGUACUGAAAUCGAGUGAAACGUGCAACAGAACGCGCGCCCCCCUUAGCCAGCUGCCCUGCCACCUGCUCGUGCUCUAUAAUACAGUGUAACAGUGGAAUAUGAGUGAUACGCGCGAUCAGAUAUUGGAGCAAAUCAAAGUGCAAGGCGAUCUCGUCCGACAACUGAAAGCUGCCAAGGAGUCUAAAGAGAAGACGGCGCCCUCUGGCGGCAGGCGCUCAAGCUCAGCCCAAGUUCCCGCCCCACAACAACAACAGCAACAACAACAACAACAUGAGAAACACCAACAACAACAACAACAAGAACAAGAGCAACUGCAGCAGAUCGAUGAGGAAGUAUCCCGCCUGCUGGCCUUGAAGGCCAAGCUGGGUGGCGAUGCUGCACCCGCCAACCAAAAGUUCACCCUGAAGACGCCCAAGGGUACGCGGGACUAUGGUCCCCAGCAGAUGACACUGCGCCAGGGUGUUCUGGACAAGAUCGUGAAGGUGUUUAAGCGUCAUGGUGGCGAGGCCAUCGAUACACCUGUUUUUGAACUGAAGGAAGUACUAACUGGCAAGUACGGCGAGGACUCAAAACUAAUCUACGACCUAAAGGAUCAGGGCGGCGAGAUCCUGUCGAUGCGAUACGACCUCACCGUGCCCCUAGCCCGCUACCUGGCGAUGAACAAGAUCUCGAGCAUCAAACGCUAUCACAUCGCCAAGGUCUAUCGACGCGACAAUCCCGCCAUGACCAAGGGCCGGUAUCGGGAGUUCUAUCAGUGCGAUUUCGAUAUUGCCGGCACCUAUGAUCCCAUGCUGGCCGAUGCCGAGUGCGUCAAGAUCGUGACUGAGAUCCUGGACACCCUGGACAUUGGAGACUAUGUGAUCAAGCUAAAUCAUCGCCAGCUGUUGGACGGCAUGUUCGAGGCGUGCGGUGUUCCGGCUGACAACUUCCGGGCUAUUUGCUCAGCGGUGGAUAAGCUGGACAAGUCGCCCUGGGAGGAUGUGCGCAAGGAGAUGGUGGAGGAGAAGGGUCUGGACGAGGCGGCGGCGGAUCGUAUCGGCGAGUAUGUGCGUCUCAGUGGCGGCACUGAGCUGGUGGAACAGCUCCUGGCCGAUCCCAAGCUCAAGGCUGUGCCCAAUGCCGUCAAGGGAUUGGAGGGCAUGCAACUCCUACUCAAGUACUGCUCCAUCUUCGGUCUGGACAAGCGGGUUAGCUUUGAUCUGAGUCUGGCCCGUGGCCUCGACUACUACACCGGCGUCAUCUACGAGGGUGUGCUCAAGGGCGAAUCCGCCUCGGUGGCCUCGUCUCCCGUGAAGACAUCCCGGCAGAACGGCGAGCAGGCGAACGAACCGGCCACCGUCGGCUCGGUGGCUGGUGGCGGCCGUUACGAUAAUCUGGUGGGUAUGUUCGAUCCCAGGGGCAAGGCAGUACCCUGUGUGGGCGUCUCCAUUGGCGUGGAGCGGAUCUUCUCCGUGCUGGAGGCGCGGGCAGCUGCCAGUGGCCUAAAGCUGCGCACCAGCGACGUGGAGGCCUAUGUGGCAUCCGCCCACAAGGGAUUGCACGAACAGCGGCUAAAGGUGCUGAACCAGCUCUGGGAUGCGGGCAUCAAGGCGGAGCACUCUUACAAGCUGAACCCCAAGCUGUUGGUGCAACUGCAGCACUGCGAGGAGCAUCAGAUACCCUUGGUGGUGGUCCUGGGCGAUGCCGAGCUGGCCCAGGGACUGGUCAAGCUGCGUGAGGUAACCACACGGCAGGAGACGAACGUAAAGCUCGAGGAUCUGGCUGCCGAGAUUAGGAGCCGCCUCCAAUCGGCCGCCGCCUAGGCAACUGAUACUUAUCCUGAUAUUAUCCUUGGAUACCACUUCGCUCCACUAAUUUAUCACAACAACCAUCCACAAACAAACAAAAAAAAUAGCUAAAGAAUCCAAUCCGCAAGCCACAUCGAAGUGUAUAGUUUAUCAAAUUAUUAUAUAUAUAAUUUUUUUUUUAUUAUUGAAGAAUCCUAUUUUGUACGUUUUGUAUUUUGGGUGUCCUGGCCGAAAAGGCGCCUCGUGCUACUAAGCUUAGGUCUACUGUGUAACCGUAGGAAUAAGUGCGGACAACUUAUACCAAAAUGAACGCUAAAAACAAUUUAAAUAAUAAACGCAAUAGCGAAUCGCAUUUAA